CGAUAUUGUUAUCGAUUCAAUAACACAUUUUGAUAGUCGGUAUAGAAUACUGAUAACAAUGUGGACUACUGAUUAGAGAUUACUGACAAAUAUAAAAAAUAGUCAUAAUAUUGCAUUUUAAAUUUUAAUAGUUAACAACGUAGAACAGUUAAAAUUUAAAGAUUUCAAAUGUUUAUAUAGUUUUAAAUCAAUAAACAACUUCACAACUUAAUAUGGAGUCUACUUUUGAUAUUAAUGGAUCAAACCGGAAUAAUAAUAUUUGUAUUAAUAAGUUUGUUGAUGAACAUCCGAUAUUAAAAUCAUUUAUUGCCGGUUCUACAUCUGGAUUAUUCUCUACAGUUUUAUUUCAACCUUUUGACGUUGUCAAAACAGUCUUACAAAACCCUAGAAAUGACAAUAAAUUAGGAAUAAUCAAUGCCACAAAGUCAGUCUGGCAGCAAGAAUCUUAUUAUGGAUUUUGGAGAGGACUGUCUCCGGUAAGUAUCUACCUAUUUUUUAUUUUAUAUUCUAUUAAAUGUGUCUAUAUUUUACUUAAUCUACUUUUUUAUAUUUAAAAUACCUUAAUAGAACUUUACCAUAAAAUUGUAAUAUUCUUAAAUAGUUUUUGGUGAUUUAAUUGAACCAUAAAAUAAAUAAUAUUAUAUACUUAAUAAUAAUACCAAAGUAACA